UUUCGACCGAUCCUGCAAAGGCUCCAAGUCUCUUCGAAGUUACUAUGGCUGCUUAUGAAACAAUUACAAUGGAUUUAGAAAGACAUGUUAAACGUGAUGUAGAAGAAUUUAAAGAUCGUCAAUAUGCUUUAUUUACUGGUGUUCAAAUACAUGGACCAAAUGGAUCAGAUCAUUGCUGGUUAGGAAAAGCAAGUUUAUUAAUCAAAGGAGAAUUCUCACCGCUUGUUCUUUCGGCAAGUCCUACUUUGCAAUUGUAG